AUGUCCUAUCAGAAACAAUACUCGUCCAACCAAAGAAGCCAAAAAUUGUUUUAACUUUCUCCAAAGAAUCAAACCCAGUCUUUCUUUUCUUCAAUUCAAUAUUUUCUGCCAAUUUGCAACUGGGUUUUUCUUGUUUAAUCAGAAAAAUAAAAAAGAUCCUGCAAUCGAACGGUCAAGAUUCCUUGUUUUUCGACUUUUGCAUGAUCAUGGUGCCAUGGAUAUGCAAAAAGAAAGUGUUUCUUUUGGAAAGAAAAGGUUACAACAGCAGCAAGAAACAAAGAAAUGCUUAGGAGGGAACUGUUUCAAACGGUCCUCAGAUUGCUAGCUACCUUCAACGGUUUCGAAUUCAAACGCCCUUUAAAGAGUCAAGAAUAGUAAUAAGGCUCAAAUGGACAAUUUGUCAAAUUCUGAUGAAAAGUAUGAUCUGGGUUAUCAACCUUCUCCUUCUUCUAUUGAUCAAAAUGAUCAGUCAACGAAAGAAACGCCAGGAUACUCAACGAUGAGUGGUGAUUCUUUCUUGUAUUGCCGGACUUACUCUGAGACCUCCGCAUUUUCAGACCCCGUUGAUGAUAACAGCUGUUGUAGUGAAGCUUCACCCUCUCAUUGGCCGGACACAAGAUCCGGGGCUCAGAAUCAAGCUGUUCUUAACAGGCUUGGAACAAAGCAGCGCAAAAGUAUUGCAGAUGAAAAGCUUGAUGACCUGGAAUCAUUGGAUUUAGAACUUGAAAUGAUGAAGGAAAGAUUCGCAAAACUUUUACUGGGAGAAGACAUGUCAGGAAGUGGGAAAGGGGUCUGCACAGCGGUUACAAUCUCAAAUGCCAUAACCAAUCUCUAUGCAACUGUAUUUGGUCAAAAUUUGAGGUUGGAGCCUUUAAACCCUGAAAAGAAGGCACUUUGGAAAAGAGAAAUGGACUGUCUUUUAUCUGUCUGCGAUUACAUUGUGGAAUUUACUCCCAAGUCACAGAAUUUGCUUAAUGGAGCAGCUGUUGAGAUACUGGAAAGCAGACCAAGAUCAGAUAUUUAUAUCAAUCUUCCUGCACUGAGAAAGUUGGAUGCAAUGCUUAUUGAAAUACUGGAUAGUUUCCAGGACAGAGAAUUCUGGUAUGCAGAGCAAGGGAGUAUGUCCUCUAAAUCCACUCGUACAGGCUCAUUUAGAAGGGUUGUUCAGAGGAACGAUGAGAAAUGGUGGGUGCCAGUGCCAUGCGUUCCUUCAGGUGGUCUCUCUGAGAAAGCAAGGAAACACUUGCGACACAAACGUGACUGUGCUAAUCAAAUUCACAAGGCGGCUAUGGCGAUCAACAGUAGUGUUCUUGCUGAGAUGGAAAUACCAGACUCGUACAUGUUAUCUCUUCCAAAGAGCGGAAGAGCCAGUAUUGGAGACCAAAUUUACCGUUUCAUGUAUGCCACAGAAAAAUUUUCCCCUGAAUAUCUGCUUGAUUGUCUGAAUAUAGCAUCCGAACAUGAAGCACUUGAGCUUGCAGACCGCGUUGAAGCUUCAAUGUAUACAUGGAGACGUAAAGCAUGCAUAAGCCAUUCAAAAUCGUCAUGGAGCAUGGUAAAAGACUUGAUGUCUGAUGUUGAUCGAAGUGACAAAAAUCAUAUAUUGGCUGAAAGAGCAGAGAGCUUGUUAUUUGCCUUGAAGCAGAGGUAUCCUGAACUUUCACAGACGUCCUUGGACACAUGCAAGAUUCAAUACAAUCGGGAUGUGGGCCAAGCAAUCCUGGAGAGCUACUCAAGAGUGUUAGAAGGUCUCGCUUUCAACAUUGUUGCUUGGAUUGAAGAUGUCUUUUUUGUAGACAGAACAAUAAGAAACCAAGAGUAAAAAAGUAUAUUCCAAUCAGUAACAAAUAUCAAAGAGA